AUGCAUUCAUCCAUUUUUUCAUAUCUAAGGAAGAAAAAGGUGGAAGUGAUUGUUCCAUCAUCACUACCAGACGACGUCAUAGAGGAAAUCUUCAUAAGACUUCCAGUGAAAGAACUAAUCCGACUCAAGUUUUCUCUUCCACAAGAAUGGAGAUUGAGGAUCGAGUCUCAUGGUUUCGGCCCACGAUUCCACAUAUAUAACCCGAAACUGCACCCCAUGUUCACAUAUUUGGCAAAUGGUGGUCGAACUUGGAUUUACCUAAGUACAAUAUUCACAACACCAUUGGCUUCAAUUGGAGCUGCUGGCUCUAGAAGUCGAUCCCUUAGUCUUCCCGCCUAA